ACACGAUUACGCUUACGCGUGAUUUAUUAAUAAUUAAGUAUACACUAAGUAUGAAUUUUAUUUUAUAUAAGACUGCGCAUCCUCCCGCCUCUGACACUCUGAUCGAUUCGGCCGAUUCUGCGUAAAAAUUUCUUGUUCGAUUCCUGGAAUGCCGUGCAUUUGACUUUUUUAAGGUUACAAAGAGCUUUUUGCGCAAAACCUAAGCUUUGCCCAAUCGUCUGUUAAAAUUGAUAAUUAAAACUGUGUUCUUAAAAAUUCUCAUUAUCGAAUCUUUUAUUGAUAAGAUAAUUUGUAAAGACUGUAGAUUUAUAUGUAUAAAAAAGAAAAAAAAAACCAUAUCACUGACAAGUACAUUUUCACUAGAGCUGCCGAGCUUGCGAUCUGUUUGAUUGAAGGUGAUAAUUUUUAUUGAAAUGACAUUGACGGCAAUUUAUUCAAGAAAUUCGUUUAAGCAUAUUGUUGAAGAUACAGUAUAGGGAGUUGUUUGAAUACAUUGAGGCAGCUACUCUCCGACUUGGAUUUUAUGUGAUAUUUAAUAUCAUAAAAAUGAUAAGAUGUUUUGAUAAGUAGACGAUUACGUUGCUGAUAUAUAUUGCUGUCUAAAAAGAAAUCAGUAUUUUAAUAAAAUCAACUAAAUCAGCUGAUCAUCAAGAUGUUUACCAAACUCUCUCCGCUCCAAACUACAGUAGCUAAAUCUUCCAGUGGAUUUCGUUUAAUCAGCUGCCAGAAGAAUUUAGCUUUUAUAAAUGGAAAAUGGGUUGGAGCUACAAGUGGAAAAGUUUUUCCAGUCAUAAAUCCAGUGGAUUGUUCCACGAUAGAGUGUGUCCCAGACAUGGAUGCCACAGAUACCAGCUUAGCAAUUGAUGCAGCUUCUCGGGCAUUUCUUACAUUCCGUAAAACAUUGGCUAAAGAACGCAGCGAUUUAUUGAAAGCUUGGUACAAUUUAAUGGUUAAACAUUCAGAAGAACUAGCUGAAAUUAUGACGAAGGAAAAUGGUAAAUCUUUGGACGAGUCAAGAGCCGAAAUAAGAUACGGUAAUUCUUUUGUCGAGUGGUUUGCAGAGGAGGCCAGAAGAAUCAAUGGUGAAGUCCUCAUGGCUCCAUUUAAAAACAGGGAAAUGUUUCUGGUCAAGCAGCCUGUUGGAGUUGCUGCUUUCAUAACUCCUUGGAACUUUCCUCAUGCUAUGAUUACAAGGAAAGCUGGUGCAGCCCUUGCAGCUGGCUGUACCUGUGUGAUGAAGCCUUCGGAGGAUACACCUUUGACUGCACUAGCUCUGGCUCAUUUGGCAGAAGAAGCUGGUUUUCCUGCAGGUGUUAUUAAUGUUGUGACAACGAGCUCAGAAAACUCGGUAGCUGUUGGACAGGAGCUCUGCAGUAAUCCAAAAGUGCGAGCUCUGUCGUUUACUGGCUCUACAGCUGUUGGAAAAAUUUUGUACCAACAAUGUGCUCCAACUAUGAAGAAACUGAGUCUCGAAUUAGGUGGUAAUGCACCAUUUAUUGUAUUUGAUACAGCUGACAUUAACUUGGCUGUUGCUGGAGCAAUGGCUAGUAAAUUUAGAAAUUCAGGACAGACUUGCAUCUCUGCCAAUAGAUUUUUCGUGCAUUCCAAGGUUUAUGAUGAAUUUUUUUGCAAAUUCAUGACUAAAAUUGAAAGUGAAAUUAAGAUGGGUGAUGGUAGAAAAAAAGGAAAUACUCAUGGGCCUUUAAUUAAAGAUAGCCAAUUGCAAAUAGUAAUGAGACUUGUUAACGAUGCUAAAGCUAAAGGGGCUAGCAUACAUUGCGGAGGUAAGCUGUUGACUGAAGUAGGACCUCUAUUCUAUGCCCCUACUGUGAUAACUGACGUUACCCGAGAUAUGGAGAUCUAUGGAAAAGAGAUAUUUGGACCAGUAGCUGUGAUACAUAAAUUUGAUGACGAAGAGGAGGUUUUAGAGAGAGCAAAUGAAGUACAUGUUGGUCUAGCCGGAUAUUUUUACUCUAGAGACAUAUCACAAAUAUUUAGGGUUGCCAGAAAUCUAGAAGUCGGAAUGAUUGGCAUCAAUGAGGGUUUGAUUUCAUGUACCGAAGCAGCAUUUGGUGGUGUCAAGGAAUCUGGUAUUGGCAGAGAAGGAUCUAGUCACGGAAUUGAUGAAUACAUCGAUAUUAAGUAUAUCUGCAUUGGGAACAUUCAGCAUUAAACAAUUAUUUUAAAAUUUUAACAAACAAUCCACCAUAAGUUAAUUAUUGUUAUGUUGUAUGUUUUAGAGAUUACAACCUUUUUAAUUUUUUUUUAGAAAAUAUAGUUUAAUUUUUCAUUAAAAACAAGUAGAUAUGCAUAUUUAAGUUCAAAAUAUAUCUAGGUCACUUUCUUGAUCUGCUGACAAAACGUGUUAAAUCAACAGUCUUCCAUGUUAAAAAAUAAUAAACUUAAAAUAGAGCAACAUAUUUGUGCAAAGAUAAUAAGAUACAUUAUCUACAUGAUAAUGUGUAUGUAUGUAUAUAUAAAUGUGUAUUUCAAUCAA